AUGUCCGGCUUCCUCAACAGCAUUGGCCGUCUGCGUGCACCCAAACGCGCCCCAAUCCCAAGCCAGCUCAGUCCCAGCGCCGGAGGAUAUGAAGCACCUCUAGUGUCUCCCGGCGCCGAGCUGAGUGGCAUGCCGCCUAGUCCUGGGCCCAAGCCACUCUUUCUGUGCCAGCCGUUCGUGAAGGCCGCCCUCGUCAAGGGGAGCUUUAAGACAAUCGUUGCGCCGCCCAAGUAUGUCGACGUUAACGAAUGGGUUGCCAUCAACUUGUUCGACUUCUACCACAACUUGAACCACUUCUACUCGGCGCUCACCGAGUUCUGCACCAUUCACAACUGCCCCACAAUGAGCGCGGGACACACCCUCAACUUUCUGUGGCCAGACCAGAACCAGCGCCUCGUGUCCCUCCCAGCGCCAACUUAUAUCGACUUUGUGAUGAGCUGGCUCCAGAAGCUGCUCGAGGACGAGCACGUCUUCCCAACCAAGUCGGGCCGCGACUUUCCCUCGUCGUUCGCAUACACUGCCAAGCACAUUUACAAGCACCUCUUCCGGGUCUUUGCGCACCUCUACCACGCGCACUUUGAGCAGGUUGUCCACCUCUCCGUCGAGGCACACUUUAACAGCCUGUUUGCACACUUCCUCGCGUUUGGCAAGGAAUUCGACCUGCUCGUCAUGAAGGACCUCAUGACGCCGCAGGGAAUGGGACAGGGCGUCGCCGAGCUCGCCGACCGCUGGCGCGAGAUGGGCAUUCUCGAGGUUUAG